AUGUCUAAAAGUGGGCUGACUUCGUUUUUGCAACUGGUUCGUGUUUUCAGGAAUACUUAUUUGGACGCACCUUGUCCGAAUUUCUUUGCUAUAGAAGUUAUCACAAUUACCAGCAUCGGACCAUCGACUCGGUACAUUCCCAGUCGCUUCGCCGGCAUAUUCAAGGUCGCAUACGCUAGCGAUCUUCUUUCUUCCAUUCUACCUAAGCAUCUCCAAUCAUCUAACCAAUUGGCCCCUCCGAAUCUCCCAUUGGGCGACACUGCGCCUGCCAGUGAGGCAUGCCAAAUCGCAUCCUCUAGCGCCUCGGAAGCAGUUGCCGAGACGAGGUCGGUGUUGACGGCAGUCAAUACCAACAUUGGUGCAGUUUUUAACCAAGGAUCCUCUUCGCCUAAUAGCGUCAAUCUUAUUAUCCAAGGACAGCAUCAAAAUUCUGACUCAACCUACCUGGGAGUCGUUCCGGAGGCUGGCACCAACUUCUCAGAAGCUCAGCAGCAGCUGCUUGCUUCUGCCGAAUCCGGCCGCGAACGAUCUGUUAUUGCCUCAGAAGGCAAUGACAGUCAUAAUGGUUGUUCUGCAAUACAAGCCAGCCAGCCAUGUGGCCAAAACUUAUCGGCAGCAGGAACAGGAGUUAGUGGGGAGCGGCCCUUAAAUGCACAAGAGACAAACUCUGAAUCAACGGUCUACGAUUCGGACAAGUGA